AAUUAGUGGUGCCUAUUGAAUCAGAUAUUAAAAAACUGACUGUACGUUAAACAGUAAAAAAAAAUUGUUACUUUAAAAAUGAAAAUAACGUUAUUGUUGGGGUUUCUUUUUGUUGAACUAAUUUAUAAAGUUUCUGCAACAAAUAUAGUUUGUUACUUUUUAAGUACAAAUGGUUAUGUAUCUGUAUUACCAGAAAAAAUAAAUCCAAAUCUUUGCUCUCACAUUAACUAUGCAUUUGUAAAUGUAUCUAAAGAUGGUAGUCUGGCAUAUGGUAACGAAGAAAUUGAUGUGAAUCAAAAUUUAUACAAAAGAGUUGCUGCUUUAAAAUCUAAAAACCCGUACUUAAAAGUACUUUUUAGUAUUGGUGGCGGCGAUUCUACUGCAAUGUUUACCCAAGUGGCUUCUGAUAAAUCUAAAAGAUCUAAUUUAGCCAAUUCAGCAAAAAAGUUCUUGGAAACUUAUAAUUUCGAUGGAAUUGACGUUGAUUGGGAAUUCCCAGAUCCAAAUCAAAGGGACGAUUUUUUAAAUCUUAUAUCUGAUCUAAGAAGAGGUUUAGGAAGUAAAUGGAUACUAACAGCUGCUUUGCCAUCCCAGCCAACUAAUGCUUAUAAUUGUCCAGAAAUAUUUAAACUUUUGGAUUUUGCUAACGUGAUGAGCUACGAUUUUUUCGGACCAUGGAGCAAAAGCACUGGACAAAAUUCCGCUUUGUUUCCGUCAUCAAAGGAUAGUGAAUACGGGAAGAAAUAUACAAACCUAGCAAACACUGCACUUAACUGGAUAAAUGCUGGUGCAAACCCAAAUAAAAUGAACAUGGGAGUUGCGUUUUACGGAUGGCAAUUCACAUUGACCAAUCCUACGGCUCAUGGACUUCAUGCUCCCAUUAUUGCAACUAAAACAACCUCUGCAACAUUUACAAAGAUAUGCAAGGAAUAUACACAUUGGACAAAAGUAUGGGAUGAUGAACAAAAAAAUCCUUACAGAUAUUCAGGAGAUCAGUGGAUUGGUUACGAUGAUGAAAAAUCAAUUGCUUUAAAGACGCAACAUAUUUUAUUGAAAAAAUAUGCCGGUAUUAUGAUUUGGCAUCUAGGAGCGGAUGACAUUAAUGGAGAAUGUGGUGGAAGGACACAGACACUUUUAAAAGAUAUUAAUGAUGAAAUAAAAAAAGAUAAUGGUAAAAAAUAAUUGUGUGUGAUAAAUAAACAGGGUGUCAGAGCUGGGUCGUAUUUAAGUACUUAUUGAAUAUUUGAGUACAGUAUUUACUUAUUUAAAAACCGUAUUUACUGUAAUCGAAUACUCGACCACUGUAUUCAAAUAUGUUCUAAAAUAUGUAUCCGUUA